AUGGACCGCAGCUUCUUCCAGCGUACCAAAUCGUGGUUCAUUAAUCACGUAGACAUACUUAGCAAGCUGCAACACAAUUCCUGUCGACGCCCUGCCUCCCCACACGCACACACACACCCCCCCCCCUUCCCUUCGUCCCCUCCACCCUUUGGUCGGACGCACCCUUCCCUCUUGCAUCUUUACCGUCACUUCUUUUCCCUCGCACAAAAAGUUACCCGCUCCCACUUUUGUCUCCUGCACAAGUUUUCGUCUUCUGUCUACCCCAACUGCCUGAACCAUAUUGCGACCAUCAUCAUGCCGCCUCUGAAACCACCCCGUGUCUCGUACGUCGAAGACACCAACGAAGAUACAGGAUCGGUCAUCGCAGGAACUGAGAGAUACGCCGUCUCCGAGGCGCCCAGUCCCAUUAGGAAAAGACCCAGCACAGGCAAGUCGCGCAGAGACAGGUCGAGGAGUAGGUCUGGCUCAUCCUCACCUCAUCACGGCUUCACCGAUUCCGACUCCACCGUCCACCCCAUAAGCUUGUCGAGAAGAGAACGGGAGGCCAAGAUGCGCGCCAGAGGGGAAAGGGAAAUGGAUCGAGAAAGGGAAAGAGACGGGGAGAGAGAAAGGUACAGGGAUGGCGAACGAGCAGAAAGGGACAGGGACAGGGAUCGGCCGAGAUCUUCCAAGAAACCCUCCGGACGCCCGACGACAAGGUCCUCGAAAACGGCGCCUGUACUGCACUCGCACUCGCACUCUCAGGACCAUUACAGAAGGUCGACAAGCAUGGGAGACGAAUCGUCCUUCUACGGAGUCAGUCCGUCUUCUGCGCCACGACCUCGAGCUCUGACUACGCGGCCUCCCAGCUACUACGGAACGGGUUCCCGUCCACCUCCCUCCAACAUGCAGUGGUACCCUCCUCACCAGCCUCCUCCUCCUCAUCACCCGCCUCCUCAUCACCUGCCGGGUCCUCAUCACCUGCCAGGUCCUCAUCACCCGCCGCCUCUUCACGCCCCGCCUCAUCGCUCUCCAGCGCCCUACGUCCCAACUUCAUACCCCCCGCCAUCGUAUGGCCCGAGUCCAGGACCUCACUACCCGCCGAUAGCGCAAUCCCCGACACACACGGCCGACUACUUUGGCCCGAGUGCAAUGCAGGGCCCUCAGCAUCAGCAUCUGGCCCAGAGAUUCCAGCGGCCAUCAUCCGCCAUGGGCGUCCGAUCUACAUCCUCCUCGUACGGCUUUGACGACUACGACCACGGGAACGACGCAAGUCUCACCAGGCGGCCUUCCUCGACCAAGAAGAAGCACCGCGAUGACGAGGACAGGAGGCGCAUGCCUCCGCCCCCACGCCCUGUCACUGCGGCUCCGAGACAGAGCGCCAUUAGAGGACCGCCUUCCCACCCACCACCCCCGCCUGUUCAGCGAAGGGAACCCCUUGGGUUUGCUUUCGACGACGGCGACUUCGACGGCGACGAGUCCCUGUACCGAGAGAUCCCUGAGCGAUCCGCCAGCUACUCUUACGCCUAUGGCGAAGGCGCCGUUCUGCCGCGAACUCGGCGCGAUUCUGUCUCAUACGAAGAAGGCCCCGCGUAUCGCAUCGAGCCGGCGACGAACUCCCGGCGGCGUCACUCGUACUAUGGGGGUAGCGCAGGCAGCGCAGACAGCCUGGACUACGAGGACAAGUUUCGCGCCGCUACUGCAUACCAGGACGGUGUUGCUGGCAGCUACACCAUGCCCUUGACGGCCGAGAUGCUCCGGAAAGCCGGCCAACGCAGCAGCGACAAGAGCAGCCGAUCCACCCGAAGCAGCGAGAGUCGUGACGAGAGCGACUAUCGCCAGAGCAAUACGACCCGUACGACGAGGUCGUCGGCGGGGGACGAGGACAUCACGAUACGGGUCACAGGGUCUGCGACUCUCAAGCUCGGCGGGGCCGAGAUCCAGUGCCAGGAUGGCGGUGAGAUCAGCAUCACACAGCCCGCCAAUGGCCGUAUCAGCGACAAGGACGACUCGGUGUACAGCGACGACCGGCGGACCCGAAUGGACCGGCUGCCCAUCCGCACGCGGGCGACGAGCCAAGCCCCCUCCUCCUGGAACCGUGGUCCAGCGGGGUACGACCCUUACGAAAGCUACGGCGGCCGACCCCCUUUCUUCUGA